AUGAAUAGCUAUCGACGACAUUCAGGUACUUCGAACAGUGAUGUAGAAAAUAAUGAUGAAUCAAAUGAAAAUGAAUCUUCAUCACACUUAGGAUAUAAACGUCAAGUAACUUUUCAUUCAACAAAUGAAAUUAAUUUAAAUGAAAAUUCAUCAACACUAUCUCGAUCAAUAUCAUCACCAGCCAAAGUAAAUCGACGACGUUUACGUACAUCAAGUCGUUCAAUUGAUGAACGUGUAAAAGUUCGUGGUCGAAAUACAAUUUAUACAGCAGGUCGUCCAGCAUGGUAUGAUGCAAGUGGUGAAAUAAAAGAAGCAUUUGUUAUUGGUAUUUGUGGUGGAAGUGCAAGUGGUAAAACAACAGUAGCACAACAUAUUGUUGAAAACUUAAAUAUACCUUGGGUUACUCUUUUAAGUAUGGAUUCAUUUUAUAAAGUUUUAACUGAUGAACAACAUGAACAAGCAAAAAUGAAUAAUUAUAAUUUUGAUCAUCCAGAUGCUUUUGAUUUUGAUCUACUUAUUGAAACAUUAAAAAAUCUUAAAAUCGGCAAACAAGUUGAAAUUCCUUUAUAUAAUUUUACUACUCAUUCUCGUGAACCAUAUACAAAAAUAUUAUAUGGUGCUAAUGUUGUUAUAUUUGAAGGCAUAAUGUCAUUUUUUAGAAAAGAUAUUCGUGACAUUCUUGAUAUGAAAAUAUUUGUUGAUACUGAUGCUGAUAUUCGUCUUGCACGUAGACUUGAACGAGAUAUUGCAGAACGUGGACGUGAUAUUGAAGGUGUUAUACAACAAUAUACACGUUAUGUUAAACCUUCUUAUGAUCAUUAUAUUGCACCAACAAUGACUUAUGCUGAUAUAAUUGUUCCAAGAGGUGGUGAAAAUCAAAUAGCUAUUGAUUUAAUUGUACAACAUAUCAAUCGAGAACUUCAAAAAUGUGGUGUAAAAGUUCGAGGUGAACUUGUUCAUAGACUUGAAUUUAUGUGUGCUUUACCAAUGCCUGAAACAUUUUAUAUUAUUGAACAAACAGCACAAAUAAAAUAUCUUCAUACAAUUAUUAGAAAUAAAGAUACUGAUCGUGAUGAAUUUAUUUUUUAUUCAAAACGUCUUAUGAGAAUAUUAAUUGAAUAUGCUUUAUCUUUAUUACCAUUUGAAGAUGUUACUGUUGAAACACCAGAAAAUCUUUUAUAUCAAGGAAAGAAACAUCUAUACGCUGAAAUUUGUGGUGUAUCUAUAGUUCGAGCUGGUGAAUGUUUAGAACCUGCAUUAAUUGAAGUACAUAAAGAUGCUAAAAUUGGUAAAAUAUUAAUUCAAACAAAUCAAUCUACUGGUGAACCAGAACUUCAUUUUCUUCGAUUACCUCGUGAUAUUGCUAAUGCUUAUGUAUUGAUUCUUGAUGCUACUAUUGCAACUGGCGCAGCUGCAAUAAUGGCUAUACGAGUUUUAUUAGAUCAUAAUGUUCCCGAAGAUAAAAUUGCUCUACUUUCAUUAUUAGUAUCAAAACAAGGAGUACAAACAGUAGCUUAUGCAUUUCCAAAAGUAAAAAUAGUAACAACAGCAUGCGAUACUGAACUUGAUCAAUAUACUGGUUUUAUAUGUCCUGGUUUGGGUAAUUUUGGUGAUCGAUAUUUUGGAACGGAUUUAAUUGGAUAUACAUCUGAUAUAGAUGAUUUAAUAACAACUAUGCAUGGAAAUAAUCAUUUUCAACCUUGUUUAUCAGAUCCAUCAUUAUCUGACCAAAAAGAUUUACUGAAUAAUUCUGCUUGA